GUACAUAUUAACACAGCUAUGUUUAAUCCACCACUCAUUUUGUCAGCGACACAUUUGCUCCUACCUCCAAAUAUUUCUACCAGAGAGUGCUUUUUGAGGGAUUUUUUCAUGUAUGUUGUUGCAGAGAGCUUCUCCGAGAUACCUAGUUGGCCCUUUUGCUUUAUUAUUGUUUAUUCGUAGAUAAAGAUUCAAUAUUGUUGUUCGAAAUUUGAAGGAAAGAGGAAAAUUGGUAAAAGAACGAGAUGGGUUUACUGUAUGACGAUGCUGUUAUAAUUAGGCAAUCUGAGAGAGGCGAGGAGCCGAGUGUAAUAACGGUAAAUUGUCCAGACAAGACUGGCUUAUGUUGUGAUCUUUGCCGCAUAAUUAUGUGCUUCGGCCUCACCCUUGUCAGAACUGAUGUGUCAACUGAUGGGAAAUGGUGCUACAUAGUGUUCUGGGUUCAAUGCAAGCCGGGCACUCGAUGGAGUUUACUGAAAAAGAGAUUGAUGGAGGCAUGCCCGAGUUGUUCUUUUGCUUCUGGAAUCUUGUACGGUAGGGAUGAGUCGUGCCCCCCAAAGCCUCCGAAUGUUUUCCUCUUGAAAUUAUGCUCCCAUGACAGGAAAGGCCUUUUGCACGAUGUGACUAAGGUCCUUUGUGAGCUUGAGCUGACUAUAAAGAGAGUCAAGGUAUCAACCACUCCAGAUGGGAAAGUCAUGGAUCUUUUCUUCAUAAACGAUACGAGGGAACUUUUACACACAAAGCAGAGAAAGGAAGACACUUAUGACCACUUAAGAGCCGUUCUUGGGCCCGCUUUCAUCACCUGCGACAUAGAAUUGGUGGGGCCCGAAAUCACCACUUGCUCCCAACAGCCCUUCUUUCUUUCGGAUGCCACUUUCGGCCCAGACGCGUUCGGUGGGCCUAACGAUGGCCCAUCAUCAUCAUCCAUAACGAUGGACAACCUGCUGAGCCCGUCUCACACGCUGGUCCAGAUUGCUUGCCGGGCCCAUAACAAGGGCCUCCUUUACGAUGUCAUGCGGACUUUAAAGGAUUAUAACAUUCAGAUUUCUUAUGGGCGUUUCACGACUAAGGGGGGGAAAAAAAGGGAUUAUUAUUGCGAGAUGGACCUUUUCAUCAUGCAAUCGGAUGGGAAGAAGAUCGUGGACCCCGCCAAGCAGGAUGCUUUGAAAUGCCGCCUUCAGAUGGAAAUCGAUCGUCCGUUUAUUGUGUCGUUGACGGGCCGUGGGCCCGAUACCGAGUUAUUAGUUGUGAAUCCCGUGGAGCUGUCGGGAGAGGGCCGUCCCCUGGUUUUUUACGAUAUUACCCUCGCGCUUAAGAUGCUUGAUCAACAGAUAUUUUCGGCUGAAAUCGGGAGGUACAUGAUUGGAGAUAGGGAAUGGGAGCUUUACCGAGUUCUACUCGAUGAAGGCGACUAUAGCAAAGUUUCGAGGAAAAGGAUAGAGGAGACUGUUUGGAAGAUGUUAAUGGGGUGGGACUAAUAGCUUCAGUAAUAAUAAUCUAUUUGUGCUCGGUUGUUCGCUUUACAUCGGACUUCCUCUGUAUAUUCUACUUCUCUUAAAGGUCUUAGUUUUUCUUUUGUACCUCCUAGAGAUUCAUGAUGAUGAGUGGCUUAUGAAAUGUGAUUAUGAAGAAAAGGUUGCUUAGUUCUGUAGGGUAGUGUUUAAUCUUGGAAUGACAACAGUCAUGUGAAAUACUCUGAGUCUUUGAUUUGAACUGAUAGAGUUGUAUGUAAAGUAGUGAAGUGCAGGGGGGUGUGGGUUUGGCCUUAAGGAAGUAUUUUUCCUAAUAUUCUGCUACUGCUACAUCUUUUGCAGCCCUCAAACAUGCAAUAUAAAGGAACCCUUAAACAUUCAAUAUGAAGAAAUGUAGUCGAUUUAUCGUUUUUGGGGGUUUUUUUUAAUGUUGUUUGUGCUCGAUGCUUUUGUUUUUUUUCGUUGAACUUUUUGUUG